AUGGACGACGACGAUGAUCUCUACGGUGGCUACACCGCCACCUCCUCCUCCUUCAACCCCGCGCCGAACGACGACGAGUUCAACUACGACGCCCCAACCGCGGCGGGAGGACCCGGGGGCCCGAUGCGUCAGGGCACCGCGGGCGGGAGGUUGGGCACCGCCGCCCCCGCGCGCCCCAUGACCGCCUCGAACAAGGCUGCCGGCUACUCCGGCGGCAGACCCGGAACCGCCGUCGCCGGCGGACCCGCCGUCGCCGGCGGCAAGGGCCCCGCGCCGCCCCUGCGCAAGAAGCCCGAGGACGGUCCGGACGUCGCCAUCAAGGAGCACGAGGCCAAGUGCCACGAGCUCCUCGAGGCCUCCUCCCGCGCGCAGAUCAACAAGGACUGGGCUCGCGCGGUGGAGACCGCGAGAGAGGCGUGCAAGCGCGAGCGCCAGCUCGCGCGCGUGCGGGAAAACGCCGGCAUGGGCGACUCGCAGAACCUCGAGCUCGCCUUCGCCACCCAGCUGUGCCUCGGCAACGCGCUGGAGGGCAACGACCAGAUUGCGGACGCGAUGGACACCUACACGCAGAUCGUCAAGAACAAGGCGUUCGUGGGCGGCGGGCGCGUCCGCGUGAACAUGGGCAACGUGUACUUCAACCAGAAGGAUUACCAGAAGGCGAUCAAGAUGUACAGGAUGGCGAUCGACCAGGUUCCCGCCAACCAGCGCUGGCUGCGGAUGAAGAUCACGCGCAACGUGGCCAUGGCCUUCAUCCGCAUGGGACAGUACGUCGACGCGGCGAACACCCUCGGCGAGAUCAUGGACAACGAACCGGACGUUCACACGGGUUUCCAACUCGUCGUGUGCCAUUACGCCGUGGGCGACAAGGACAAGAUGAAACGAGCGUUCAUCGCGUUGCUGAAGCUCAGGGCGUACGAAUCGGACGAGCCCGACGAGGACGGCGACGACACAGCUGGCGGCGCGGGUUUAGGUGCCACGCGGCGCGGGGCCACCGCGGACGACGUCCUGGGCGACGAUGGGUUGCGCCAGAUGAUGCGCGAGAAGCAGCUCGAGGCGCGGCGCAAGAUCCUCCAGGCUGCCAAGCUCAUCGGACCCAAGAUUGCCGGCAACGAGGAGCUCGGGUACGAGUUUUUACUCGAGGAGAUGCACGCGCACGGGUACGAGUUUCUCGCGAACGAGCUGGAGAUGGAGCAGGCGUUGGCCCACCUGCGAGGCCGCGGGGCAAACUUCGAGGAGGGCAAGCGGGCCCUAAAGGAGUUCGAGAAGAAGGAGCACGCGCUGAAGGCGAGGGCGGCGACUAACCUGUCGUUCCUCUACUUUGCAGAGGGGGAUUUUGAAAACGCCGAGAAGUACGCGGACAUGAGCGUCGAGAGCAACAGGUACGACGCGAGCGCGCUGGUGAACAAGGGUAACUGCAUGCUGCAGCGGGGAGAUAUGGAGGGCGCGAGGGACUGUUACUUGGAGGCCGUGGGCGUCGAGGCUGACUGCGUGGACGCGAUCUACAACCUGGGUCUGGUCAACAAGCGACUGGAGCAGUAUCAGGACGCUUUGGUGAACUUCCGGAAGGUAAUCUCGAUCAUACCGAACGACCCUGAGGCCACUUGGCAGCUCGCGGACGUGUGCGAGCUCAUGGGGAACAGGUCCAUGGCGAUCAAGCAGUUCGACCUCCUGCACGCGAGGCUUCCCACCGACCCCGGGGUGCUCGCGAGGCUCGGUGCGCUUCACGCCGAGGCGGGUGACGAGGCCAAGGCUCUGCAAUGCUACAACGAGUCGCACAGGGUCUACCCGCCGAACAUUCCGGUCAUCGAGUGGCUCGGGACCUAUCACGCGCAGCAGCGGGCGUACGAGAAGGCUCACGAGUUCUUCGCGUUCGCGUCCGAGGUUAAGCCGAGGGAUACCAAGUGGCCGCUCCUCGCGGCGAGCUGCCAGCGAAGGGCGGGUAAGCUCGCGGAUGCGUUGGAGACGUACAAGAGCGUCCACGCGAGGAAUUCGGACAACGCGGAGUGCCUGCGUCACAUCGUGAACAUCCUGACGGACUUGGGACGGACGUCGGAGGCUGCAGAGUACGACGAGAAGCUCUCGGCGGCGGAGUCGAGGGGAGCCGGCGGCGGCGGCGAUAUAACAGCCGAGACGCAAAAGCCGCUCAUCGGCCGCGCGAAGCUGGAGAUGCCGGAGGGCGGGCUCCCGCCGGACGAGGAAUCGCCGCACGCGCCGGAGACGCCCGGCAAGGCGCUGAAUCAGAGCGUCAUGUCGGACGAGUUUGGGAUGGGCGGCGUGCUCGACGACGAGCUGCUUCCCGGAAUGUGA